UGGGUUGCUACCAGCUGUACUCCUGGAAGUGACCUGUCCUCUGUACUGUGUUUACAUAUCCUUCCACAAUGUCUCGACCGUUGUCAGAUCACGAGAAGAAGAAGCAGAUUUCGGUGCGUGGCCUUGCCGGAGUUGAGAACGUCGCAGACCUCAAAACCAACUUUAACCGGCACCUUCACUUCACGCUGGUCAAAGACAGAAAUGUUUCCACAAAGCGUGACUAUUAUUUUGCCCUGGCGCACACCGUGCGCGAUCACUUGGUUGGCAGGUGGAUCCGAACCCAGCAGCACUAUUACGAGAAAGACCCCAAACGGGUAUACUACAUCUCCUUGGAGUUCUACAUGGGCCGGACGCUGCAGAACACCAUGGUGAACCUUGCACUGGAGAAUGCUUGUGAUGAAGCGAUGUACCAGAUGGGUUUGGAAAUGGAGGAGCUUCAAGAGAUGGAGGAGGAUGCUGGUCUAGGCAAUGGUGGUUUGGGUCGUCUGGCUGCUUGCUUCCUGGAUUCUAUGGCAUCCCUGGGCUUGGCUGCAUAUGGCUAUGGGAUCCGCUAUGAGUUUGGAAUUUUCAACCAGAAAAUCGUAAAAGGCUGGCAGGUUGAAGAGGCGGAUGACUGGCUUCGUUAUGGCAACCCUUGGGAGAAAGCCCGUCCAGAGUACACGAGGCCGGUCAAGUUUUAUGGCAGGACAGAGCACCACCCCGAUGGCGUGAAAUGGGUUGACACUCAGGUUGUGUUGGCCUUGCCAUACGACACCCCUGUGCCAGGAUACAGGAACAAUGUUGUGAACACCAUGCGCCUCUGGUCUGCAAAGGCCCCCUGUGAUUUCAACCUGAAAGACUUCAAUGUUGGUGGCUACGUUCAGGCUGUGCUGGACAGAAAUUUGGCAGAGAAUAUCUCUCGUGUCCUGUACCCAAAUGACAACUUCUUUGAAGGGAAGGAGCUGCGUCUGAAGCAGGAGUACUUCGUGGUGUCCGCCACUCUGCAGGACGUCAUCCGCCGUUUUAAGGCCUCCAAGUUUGGCAGCAGGGAGGUCGUGCGAACUGACUUCGCUUUGCUGCCUGAUAAGGUAGCUAUCCAGCUGAAUGACACCCACCCAGCCCUGGCCCUCCCCGAGCUGGUGAGGGUGCUGGUGGACGAGGAGCACCUCCCCUGGGAUAAGGCGUGGGACAUCGUUGUGAAAACCUGUGCAUACACUAACCACACAGUCCUGCCCGAGGCCCUGGAGCGCUGGCCCAUCGAUCUGAUCCAGACUCUGCUUCCUCGCCACCUUGAGAUCAUCUAUGAGAUCAACAGGCGACAUAUGGAGCGUGUUGCACGCAAGUUCCCCGGUGAUCAUGACCGCAUGCGGCGUAUGUCUCUGAUUGAGGAGGAAGGCGGGAAGAGAGUGAACAUGGCUCAUUUGUGUAUCGUCGGGGCCCAUGCCGUCAAUGGAGUCGCUCGCAUUCAUUCUGACAUCCUCAAGGCAGGCCUGUUUAAGGACUUCUACGAGAUGGAUCCUCAUAAGUUCCAGAACAAGACCAACGGCAUCACACCCCGCCGCUGGUUGGUCAUGUGCAACCCCGGGCUUGCAGAAAUCAUUGCAGAGAAAAUUGGAGAGGACUUCGUUCGCGAUCUUGACCAGUUGAGAAAACUAGAGAAAUUCAUCAACGAUGAUGCAUUCAUCAAUGCUGUUGCACAAGUCAAACAGGAAAACAAGCAGAGGUUCGCCACUCACAUGGAGGAGCACUACAAGGUGAAGAUCAAUCCCGCCUCCAUGUUUGACAUCCAAGUCAAGAGAAUCCACGAGUACAAGAGACAGCUGCUCAACUGCCUCCACAUCAUCACCUUCUACAACCGUAUCAAGAAGGAGCCAAACAAGCAGUGGACUCCCAGAACCAUCAUGAUUGGCGGAAAGGCUGCACCUGGCUACCACACGGCUAAGAUGAUCAUCCGUCUCAUCACUGCUAUUGGUGAGGUGGUAAAUAAUGACCCUGUUGUGGGUGACCGCCUGAAGGUCAUCUUCCUGGAGAACUACAGAGUCACCCUGGCUGAGAAAGCUGUUCCUGCUGCUGACCUCUCAGAACAGAUCUCUACCGCGGGCACAGAGGCAUCUGGCACAGGCAACAUGAAGUUCAUGCUGAAUGGUGCCCUCACCAUUGGUACUAUGGACGGUGCCAAUGUGGAGAUGGCUGAGGAGGUCGGUGAUGACAACAUCUUCAUCUUCGGCAUGAGAGUCGACGAUGUGGAGGCCAUGGAUAAGUCGGGAGGUUACAAUGCCCAUGAGUACUAUAACCGCAUACCUGAGCUGAAGCAGGCCAUGGACCAGAUUUCAGGAGGCUUCUUUAGUCCUAAGCAGCACGACCUCUUCAAGGACAUUGUCAACCUACUGAUGCACCAUGACAGAUUCAAGGUGUUUGCUGACUAUGAAGAUUACAUCAAAUGCCAGGACAAAGUCAGCGCCCUCUACAAGAACCCCAAGGAAUGGACCAAGAAGGCGAUCUAUAACAUUGCAGGCAGUGGCAAGUUCUCUAGUGACCGCACCAUUGCCCAGUAUGCUCGCGAGAUCUGGGGUGUGGAGCCCUCAUUGGAAAAGAUCCCUGCUCCAGAUGAUCCUAAGUAAAAAGCCUUGCUCUCAAGAUCCCCCCUGUCCAGUGCAUUGCAUCAGUGGCUUUUGGAAAAAAAAUGUCAGUUGUAAUCAGGCAGUAGUAAAACUGUUGUUUUAGAUCUUGCAGACAGUAAAUCAAAUUUGGUGUGUUGAGCUUGCAUAGUCAGUGAGGUGGAUAGACUACUGUCUCUGUCUCUCUUUUAUUCACCCUAUUAGGAGUAUGUGUGAGAAAAUAUGUAAGAAUGUCUUUUAAUCUGUGUUUGUUUUUCGAAAUGUGGGUUUGUGGGAAUCUUGCACAAAUAUAGGCAUUACCAUCAUAAGGGCUAAAUGGCCUGAAAACAACGAAGAACUGUCAGGCAAGCUGUUAUAGCGCCCAACUAAAGUGUUGUUUAUUUUUCAAUAAACUUUUAUUACUUUA